AGUAGUUCUUUACCAAGCGCUUGGGCCUUAAGAGGCCAGUCAAGAGAGGGAAGUCCAGCCCCAGUGUAAGAGUCUUUCCUAGUGGCAUUCCUUCUAUUGGUUGGGAUUGUUCCUAUGUACUGAAACUAAGCUAUAGUACUGGCAAGAUCUUCUCAAGUGAUCCCAAGCAUUGAGUUGAGAGAGGCCUAACAGUUAUUUCAUAUUUUAGGGGUAUACCCGUAAUUCCAGCCAUUGGGAUACCUACAGUUGGAGCCUCUCUCCUUUCUGUCCCUUAGGCCAUGGGGACAAGCUACCCACACCGCUCUGAUUCAAAAGGUAUCUUCCAAAAAUACUAGAAACGAUGGGAUCUCUACAACUUGUUCCACAAACUCCAAUCAGUCAACUACCAUCCACGAGUGUAAACCAAGCCCUCGGUGUAAGAGAGAGGCGAUGAUAGACAGAUAUGUAAAGGAUCUAGUAAAUAAGGCAUUCAUAGCCGCGGGAAGAACUGUAUUCUGCGCCUCGCCCCUCUGUUCAUCUUUAAGCAGCAGCGCGCGCGCACAAACCCGGUCUCACCGGCACAUCUGAAGGGGUACAACUGGUCUAAACCUUCGUAGUGUCUAGUGUAUCAAAACCUCUAAUUGCUCUUGUACUAUCCAAAUAAGUAUGAAAGGCACAGAAUCACAUCCCAUUCCUCUGCCAGAUAAUUUGCUAGAGCCUCUGUAUGUUGCUUCUGGGACUCCAAAUUUGAGUAGAGCUUGCGAGUGCCUGAUUGAAACUGCCAAAACACCCGUCGGGCGGCUAGAUCUCGCCUCCAGAGGAAUUCUUUUAUCAAUUCUCGAAUUAUGUCGAUAUCCACAGCAACUAUCUCGUCAUGACCUUAUCUUAUCCUUGAAGCUCCUCAGAAACUUGUGUGCUGGAGAAAUUAUAAACCAAAACUCGUUUAUCGAUAAAAAUGGUGCCGAGAUUCUUUCGACUCUCGUUAGCUCAAUAGGCUUGAUUUCUGGUUCUGACGAUGGGUUACUUCCUAUGGUAUUACAAGUUUUGGGAAAUGUUACAUUAGCUGGCGAACAUCAACGUCUUGCUGUAUGGCGCCACUUCUUCCCCCAUAAAUUUUUGGAUAUUGCUAAAGUUCAACGCAAGGAAACAUGCGAUCCGUUGUGCAUGGUUAUCUACGUAUGUACUGAAGGUAGCAACAAACGGUCUUUGGAACUGUUUGCAGAUGCAGGACAGAAUAUCAUUGUUGAAAUAUUGCAGACGGUUACAAAAGCCGGCUUCAGGCAAGAUUGGGUGAAGUUGCUCUUGUCAAGGAUUUGCAUUGAAGAACCUUGUUUUCCGUCAAUUUUCUCAAAACUAUCCCAAGCGGCUGAAGCUGUGAACGCCAGUGAGAAUGCAUCUGAAGUUAAUAUAUUUGGACCUGAGAAAGAAUUCCUGCUGCGUAUCCUCUCAGAGAUACUAAACGAGCGAGUUGGAGAUAUUGUUAUUUCCGGUGAUUUUUCUUUGUGCAUUUUCGAGAUUUUUAAAAGCGCUCUUGGAGUAGUUGACUUUAGCAAAAGGGGAAACUCGUCCAUUCCGACGGGCUCCACAGACAUUGAUGUAAUGGGCUUCACUAUAUCCAUCUUAAGAGAUAUUACUGCUUGUAAUAAAAAAAUUACCAAGGAGGAUGAAAAAGAAGAUAUUGUAGAUAAGCUAGUGGCAGCCGGGAUUGUUAAAUUUCUCUUAGACGUGCUACGUGGCUUGGAGCCUCCUACAACUAUCCAGAAAGCAAUGAAAAACAGUGAUGAUGCAAGAAAUGAAACAACUUCACGGGAUUACAAGUACUACUGUCCUUACAGAGGUUUCAGGAGAGAUAUUGUUGCAGUUAUUGGAAACUGUAGCUACCGAAAAAAGCAUGUUCAGGAUGAAAUAAGAGUACAAGGUGGGAUUCUUUUGUUGUUACAACAGUGUGUGACUGAUGAAGAGAACCCAUUCUUGAGGGAGUGGGGCAUUUUUUCCGUGAGAAAUAUUUUGGAAGGGAAUAUAGAAAACCAAAGACUGGUUGCAGAUUUGGAGCUCCAACAAUCCGUGGAUACCCCUGAAAUAGCUGGGCUGGGCCUCCAAGUAGAAGUUGAUCCAACAACUCGCCGUCCAAAGCUCGUUAACACAUCCUGAAGAUAUAUGGGACGAACUUUUUGACUUUGCUUUCAGUUGGUACAGAAAAGAAUUAGUUCAAUCAGGUCAGUCACGGGCUAAUUAAUAAAUAAGUUCAUGCAUUUGAUGCUCUCCUUAGUGAGUAACCCACUUUUUAUAUAUAUGGAGCUUUCGAGAUGUGCAUUUUUGUUUUGGAGGGUCACUUUUUGGGAAUUUCUGGUGGUUCAUGAACUUUUUGGAUGAGGAUUUGGUUUUCUAGUUGUGUUGAAAAUAUGGAAGACUUAAAGUGACGUAUUUGUUUAAUGUAUAUUUUGUUUUAUUCGUUUAUUAGGCGUUUAAUGCAUGAUCGAUGGUGGUUGGUUUUCGACACCUUGUGUACCUGUUUUUUGUUUCCCAUGCCUCUGUGGAAUCUUUGUUUGGUGGGAUUGUUAGGUUUCCAUUAUUGAAAGUGAUUGUGCUUUUGGCUCUUAAUGACUUUGAGUAGUUGGUUAUACUUAUAAGUCAUUAUAGGUAAGAUAGAU